AUGAGCAAGGACGACUUUGCCCGUAAUCAGCUCACCAAAUACGGUUGGAAGAAGGGUCAAGGACUCGGUGCCAACGAAGAUGGUCGAAUUCGUGCCGUUACUGUGUCUGUAAAGAACAAUACGAACGGUGUCGGAACUGGUGGAGACUGGAACGCUCAAUGGUGGGAUCAUGUAUAUAACAAGGCUACGUCUGUCAUCAAGGUCGAAAAGGACAUUUCGGGUGAGGUCACUAUACAAAGCUCCAAGACUGCAAUUGUUGCCAAAAAGCCUGUCCUUUACGGGUCUUUUGUCAAGAGCUCGACAACGGAAGCAGAAGAUGAAGACAAGAGCUAUGAAAUGAAAGUCACCGAUGAGGAACUCUUUGCUGCCUGUGAAGGACGAACUGCACGAAAAGGUGCUCGAGUCGACCAAGUCGGCAAAGCUUUUCGAGUUGGACAGCCCCUGAGUAGUGCAAUAGUCGCUAUAGAUGGUGCUUCUCGCAGCACUGUCACAGAAACUCUGAAUACGGACGAGAUAAAGGUUCAAACAAACAAGAAGAAGAGGAAACACGUGGAGAAGAGUGAAGAAGAGCAAGUUAUAGAGCCCGUCAUAGAAGAAGAGGCAGUCAUAGAGCAAGUAGUAGAUGCUGCUGAUGGGAAGGUCGAAAAGAUAAAGAAGAGCAAGAAGAAGCGGAGCCAUCAAAAACCGUCUGAAGCUCCUAUAGAACGUGUUAUACCAGAGCCAGUCAUAGAGCAAGGACUACAGGCUGCUGACGAGAAGGUCGAAAGGAUAAAGAAGAGCAAAAAGAAGCGGAGCGAUCAAGAACCAUCUGAAGCCCCUCCUACAGAACCUGUUAUACCAGACGAGCAGCCUAUCAAGAAGAAGAAAAGGAAGCAUACUUCCACUCCUAUCAUAGACUAA